UCAUGAUAUCUUCUUUACAAAGCAUCCUCAACCAUUUACGUCUAUAACUAACUCAACUCUAUUCUUACAAUUGAACCUCAGAAAACAACUACCACUACCACCACCAUCGUUUAUUUUCCUGCCACCUGUCGCGAUGAUGAAAGAUCGAAUGGAACGUCUUGUAGCUUUUCCCUUUGUUACCGGUUGUGUCUCUGCAGCUAGUGUCGCAGUUUGUGUUCAACAUGGUAGAAGAGCGAAAGAAGAUAUUGACUCUUCUCAUAUGGUGUGUAGAUCAUUUGGUAUUCCCAAGGAUCAAAAAGAUGAAGAAGGAGCACCAACUUCAAGUGACAACAUGAUGAAACACUCAUUUAGGUUCACAUCACUUUCAAAGCCUAAUGUCUCCAUUGGCCUUCAAAGGCUCACCAAGAGUAUCAAAAAUUUGUCUCAAUCACUCGUGUUCAAGGACGGCGAGAUGGAUGAAGUGCAUAUGGAACUGGAAAUCGGGCUUCCAACCGAUGUAAAGCAUGUGGCACAUGUUGGAUUCGACGGAUCUGUAACCUCGGAAGCAAACCGCAAUAAUGGCGAUCUCAAUCCCUCGGAUUUUCUUGGGUUUUGCCCUAUUUCUUUCGCCGAGCUCGAGGAGCGGCUUGCUAUGUGUGCGCCACUGGAUGCAGCUCAUAAUGUGGGAAAUGUUCGACCUGAUGCUAUACAAGCUAGUAAGAAAACAGAAGCGAGUAUGGCGUGAAAAAUUUUGAUCAUAUAUAUUAAAAGCACCAAUUGUCUUUGUUCUAUUUGUUUAAAUAACCUACAUAUAUUCGUUACUUGGAUGUACUUAAAAAAAGGGGAGUGAACUGCUAAAAUCAUCCCUGAGGUUUGACUCAAA